AUGUCGGGAGCGCCGGGCCCGGGCCGAGCCCCGCUGCCCUGCACCGCCCGCGCCGCCGCCCACCUGCAGCUGCCCGGCGGGGCCGAGGCGGCGCGGCCCGGCGUGGCCGUCAUUGACGUGCGCUUUCCCCGCGGCAGCGCGGCUGACGUGCACGAAAUCGUCUUCAAGAACUUCUACACCGCCUUCCUGAGCGUGCGGGCGCAGCGGGCCGGGCCGCCGGGACCCCGCAAGUGGGUCACCUGCAUCCGCGACCUGCGGCUGAUGCCGUGCCCGCACACGGAGCUGGGCGCUCAGGAAUACUUCUCGCUCCGCCGCUCCCAGAUGCUGUGCGACAUGGAGCAGGUGACGGCGCUGCGCUUCAUCCUGCGGCAGCCCUCCCCGGCGUGGCUGCACUUCGGAAUCGAGGAGCUGCAGCUCUUCCCUCCUGGCAGCAAGACCUCCCCGCAGGACGUCCCCUCCUGGCUGUCCCAGCUGAGCCCUCCGGAGCAGCCCCCCAGCCUGCACGGGGAGCUGCCCGACCCGGAGAAGGUGGCGGCGGAGGUGCAGCAGAUGUGGGCGCUGACGGAGGUGGUCCGCGCUCGCCAGGCGGCCGCGCGCAUCGGGCGCUUCGACGUAGACGGCUGCUACGACGUCAACCUGCUGUCCUACGGCUGAGCCCCGCUGGGCGCUCCCGGAACCGGCGUGGAUGCUGCAACCGGUGGACUCCGACCCGGCCUUUGCCCCACUACCUCCCGUGCCGCCCGCCGGCCGUGCCCCACGGCCCCUCCCGCAGCGCCGUCUCCACCACCCGCGGGCUCGGUUGGGGCCCGGCCCCUACGCGUUCCGCAGCCGCGGCUCCGGAUAAAGGCUACUACCGCGCUGCCGCCUCCGCUCGUUUGUGCGGG